AUGGAAUUCUCUCUUUCAUAUCUCACAUCUUCUUCUCCAUCUAUCAUCUUUGCCUUUCUACUAUUUCUCUUCUCUCUCCUAUGCAUAUCUAAAUAUUACCAAACUAACAUAGCCAAGAAGAGAGCACCUCCGGAAGCACCCGGCGCAUGGCCCCUAAUCGGACACCUUCCCUAUCUAGGAGGGCCUCGGCCUCCCCACAUAAGCUUGGGCAACAUGGCCGACAAGUACGGACCAAUCUUCACAAUCAAGCUAGGCGUGCACCGAGCUCUUGUUGUAAGCAACUGGGAAACAGCCAAAGAGUUCUUCACCACCAAUGACAAAAACUUUGCCACCCGCCCUAAAUUUUUGGCUGCAGAGAUCAUGGGCUAUGACUAUGCCAUGUUUGGUUUUAGUCCCUACGGCCCUUAUUGGCGGCAGAUGCGCAAGAUAGCAACCGUGGAGCUCCUCUCAAACCACAGGUUGCAGUUGCUCAAGCGCGUGCUUGGAUAUGAGGUUCAAGCUUGUACAAAACAUAUAUAUGAUUUGUGGGAGGAAAACAAAGGUAGGUCAGAGAAAGUGUUGGUGGAGAUGAAUAGGUGGUUUGGAGACGUGACUUUGAACGUCAUGUUCAGGAUGGUUGUGGGGAAACGAUUUCUUGGGGCAAAAACAAAGCAAGAGGAGGAAGAGAACGAGAGGUGUCGAAAGGGGUUGAGGGAUUUUUUCAAAUUGGGGGGUGAGUUUGUGAUCUCGGAUGCACUUCCGUUUCUUAGGUGGCUAGAUUUGGGUGGGUUUGAGAAGGCCAUGAAGAAGACGUCUAAAGAUCUUGACGUUGCCCUUCAAGGAUGGUUGGAAGAGCACAAGCAAAAGAAGUAA